GUAUAAGGUGAUUAUUAACUUGAUUUGAUUUUUUUACAGGGUAUGACAUGUCACCUUUCAUACGAAGAUAUGCAAAAUACUUGAACGAGAAGGCGCUUUCUUAUCGUACUGUUGCAUUCGAUUUCUGUAAAUUGAAAAGAGGAAAGGAAGAGGGUUCUCUCCGGGUUAUGAAUGCUGAUAAACUGUUGAAAACAUUGCCUGUUCUUCAAGCGCAGUUGGAUUCGUUGCUAGAGUUUGAUUGUACAGCUAAUGACUUAACAAACGGUGUUAUCAAUAUGUGUUUCAUGCUACUUUUUAGAGAUUUGAUACGACUAUUUGCAUGUUAUAAUGAUGGUAUUAUAAAUUUAUUGGAAAAGUAUUUCGACAUGAAUAAAAAACAAUGUCGAGACGCCUUAGACCUAUAUAAAAAGUUUUUGACACGUAUGGAUCGGGUCGGAGAGUUUCUCAAAGUAGCUGAGAAUGUUGGUAUUGACAAAGGUGAUCUACCAGAUCUUACCAAAGCACCUAGCUCAUUAUUAGAAGCACUUGAGCAACAUUUAGCAACGAUGGAGGGCAAGAAGGGUUCUGCUGCUAAUACCCCUACACAAACCGCAAACAAUCAAAAGAACGUAAAGAGUGGAGUGACCGCCCUAUCUUCUACUAGUUCUUCUUUCGGAACUGCUGCCGCGUCAACAAAGUUUGAUAAUCCAACUAACGGCAACAUUGACGAGAAUCUUAAAGCUCAAGCUCUUGCAGAGGAGGAGGCUGCUAUGAAUCAAUACAAAUCGAAAGUCUCUUCACCCACAGCCAGCGGUGGUAACACUGCCAUGACAAAUCCGUUCCUGUCAUCUCCUCCUGCAAUGCAAGGCAACAUUGUAGAUCUGUUCGGUGGAACCGACGUGCAACUUACCAAUCCUACUAAAGCUUCUGAUGAUUUGCUUCAGUUAGGUAAUCCAUUUGCAGAUAUGUUCGGUGUUUCACAACCAGCAGCAGGCACUCAUUCAGUUACAACGACAGCUAACAAUAUGUGGAUGCGUAACAGUAACGGAUUCAAUGGAACCCCUGGUGUUAUAUCGUCAGUGGUAGCUGCACCAUCAAGUAACAGUAACACUUUUGUAUCUGAUAGCAACUUUUCAUCAGUUUUUGGUGCCACCGAAUCUGUUGGAUUCGACGCGUUGGGUGACGUACUAAAACCUGGAAAUAUGGGUCAAGUUCAAGCAGCCGUAAAUGUUUCUUCACAACCAACCGCAAUUCUAGGUAGCAAUGCGACAUUGUCAACAGCUCAGCCAUUGUCAACAGUUCAGCAACCAGGAAAAGUACUCACAGGAGAUCUCGAUAGCUCACUGGCAUCGCUAGCAGAAAGUUUAUCCAUAAACAAAGGAUCGUCACCGCAGAUCAAAAAUGUCCAAUGGAAUUCGCCUAAAAAUACUGCAAAACCGGGCUCAGCAGGAUGGUCUCCUCAACCACAACCAGCAACUAAUCAGACGGGUUAUAAGCCUAUGGCGCAAGGUAUGACUGUUCUUCAUGCCCCUAGCACUAUACAUCCAAUUGUACACACUUCCUAUCCCGUAGUGUCAUCAUACAUCCUACAGCAAGGAAUACCACAAAUGAGACCUAUGAUGGGGAAACCAUUGGCCGGCGUGGCACAACCACCACAACAAGUCGUGAUUCUUGGUCAACCAGGGCUAGUACAGAAUCAACCCCAACAACAGCAACAGUCAGUGGCAAACACAAAUGUACAUUUGGACCCAUUUGGAGGACUUUAAAAAUAAUCACAAAUAAAGUUCGUAUGAUCUUCUUCAUUACAAUGAAUGCUAUGUAAUUAUUAACCAGAAAAAUUCUCAAAUAAUAACACUGAGGGAACCGAUAAGUAUAUUUAAUAUUUAUAGAAUGUCGUUUAUGAAGUUAAUGUAAAAUUGUAAAAUGAAGAAAAUGUUUAAUAAACGUUAAAAGAAAAAUAUAUCUGUCAGUGAAUGUUGAACAUACAGAUGUGAAUGAAUACAUAACGACAAUAUUAUUCAUAUCUAGGUUUGAAUUGCAACUAAUAAUAAUUUCAUCUCAAAUUUUCAAUAGUCUAUAGAUCAAUAAAAGUUUCAAACCAGA